ACGACGACCACAACAUCAUGUCAACAAUCGCACGUGGAAAAUAUUCGCUCGAUUUUGUCACGAAAUAAACACUGUUUUCUCCUAAAAUAUCCCAAAGAUUCUUUCAAAAACCCCUCCGACUAUUUUAUGAAUACCUUGUGAUCAUUUCUGUGUUGUUAAAAGCAACUUAAACUGUAAUGUAUCGCGGCAUACCGGGUGGACAACGACCACCUCCACCAGACUUUGGUAAUGGUAGAGGAUUUUGGCCUGGACCACGAGGUGGGCGUGGUGGAGGAUUCAAUUUUCGAGGCGGUUACCCAUUCCCUGGUGGGCCACCUGGAGGUCCUUCACCUUUCCAUCCAGUACCUGAUUGUAGAUAUGAAGAAUUUGGCUGUCCAUCUUCCGGGCCAGCGCAUUCAAGAGGUGGACCAAGAGGGAGGGGCAGAGGUAGAGGUAGAGGUCACCAUGGCAACAACAAUAACGGACAGAAGAAGCAGAAAACAGAGAAGGUGAAUAAGAAAGAUCUUCCAGAAAACAACGCAUUUUACUGCGAUGUGUGUGAUCGUGGUUACAAGAUGGAGGACAAGUUUAAAGAACAUGUAGAUCAACAUGUUGAGUGCGAUGUGGAGAAAUGUACAUAUGUUGCCUCCCCAAAACUGGUCAAGCUACACUAUGACUUUCAACAUCGUACAGGUUUGGCAAAGAAGAUCUGGUCCUUGGAGUCAGCUGAAGACAUCCAGAAAUGGAGGGAUGAAAGAAAAAAGAAUUUCCCAACAGCUGAUAAUAUUGCCAAGAAGAAAUUGGUGCGAGAUUCUCAGCACUCAAGAGGAGAAGUGAUUGAAACUAAACAGUUUGGUAAGAUGAGGGGUGGAGGAAGAGGUCGGGGACGGGGUGGCGGCCGUGGACGAGGUGGAAGGAAUGAUCGCCACGGCAACAAAAGACAGUGGAAUGAUCGUAAUGACUCGCACCAUUGGCAGAAUUCAGGGCCGGAACAAAAGAAAAUAAAAACUGAUGGACAGGGCCAAAAUCCAGUGGAAGUGAAGCCACAUGAUCCUGCACUGGACCCGUUAUCAUAUGUAUUGGAGGAGAAAAAAGCCUCGGAUGAGGACAAACCUCGUGAUGUCCCCGCGAAGAAAUUACAGCUGUGUGGAGGCUUGGGGUCGUUGAUCUCCUCGUACGGGGAUGUGACGGACAGCAAUAGCGAGGAAGAAGAACCACUGGUGAAAGUAAACACACUUGAAAAAUCUGGCGUCAAAAGUUCACCUGGAAAUUUGCCAGCAUCUAGAGAUACAAGUAGUUUACAGUCCUGGCCUCAUAGUCAACCUGAUAAAUCUCCACCCAAACCAAGAGUGACGGAGGAAAUGCCAAUGCCUCGACAAUGGCCACCAAAGCGUAAUCGUUCUGGUCGGAAGAAUCGUGAUAAUCGAAAUAACAGACCACAGCCUGCUUGGAAGAAAGCCCAGACGUCAACACUGCUUGAAAAGUUGCUUGCCUCGGAUAUCAGACACGAGAGGAACGUCAUCUUGCAGUGUGUACGUUACAUCGUGAACAAUAACUUCUUUGGUAUCGGACAGAAAGCUGAAACUGUGAACAGUGAUAAGAUUUCAGAAAUUGAACCAGUGCGAGUUGAUGAAGACAAGGUUGGUGAGAUCAAGAGAGACGGUAAUGAAGAGAAUAAGGAAGAACUUGACAAUAAUGUAAACAGUGGUGAUUUGGUUAUUGAGGAUAGGUCUGUUGUGGAUGAGGAUAUUUGGGAAUCAGGAAUGGCUACUGCAACUUGAGAAUAAGAAGAAGUCAUAAUUGAAAUGUGAUAUCUUGUACAUAUGCCUUAUAUGCAUCAUGUGUAUAAUUGAUUGAAAUUUUAGAACAAAGAUUAUUUGCAAAA